CAAUUUUCUCUCCUCUAAAAUACGCAGGGUGCGUUGGCUCCUCGCUCCACUCGUCCUAUCCAGGUCCCGCAUCCACAUUCCAGAGCAGCCGAAGGCCAAAGCAUCAGCCACUGUGAACGAACUCAAGUGGUUUAAGCACCAAAAAUGGCUGCAAUGGCUGCUCUUCAGAGCUCCAUGACUUCUCUUUCUCUUUCCUCCAACUCCUUCUUUGGCCAACGCCUCUCACCUUCUCUCCACCGUGCGCCGGUAAUCACCACAGAGAAACCAUGUCUUGUUGUAAUGACGCUUAAGCGAUGGGAGCGAAAAAAAUGUAAGCCAAAUAGCCUUCCAGUGCUACACAAAAUGCAUGUUAAGGUUGGAGACACAGUGAAAAUAAUAUCUGGACAUGAGAAAGGUAGAAUUGGGGAGAUAACCAAGAUCUUUAGACACAAUAGCACAGUAAUAGUGAAAGAUAUGAAUUUGAAGACAAAGCAUAUGAAGAGCAGAGAGGAGGACAAACCAGGGCAGAAAAUCAAGAUUGAAGGAACUAUUCACAGCUCAAAUGUGAUGCUUUACUCAAAAGAACAGAACAUAGCAAGCAGGGUGGGUCACAAAGUCCUGGACAAUGGAAAACGGGUUCGUUACCUCUUGAAAACCGGAGAAAUAGUGGACACCGAUGUGAACUGGAAGAGAUUGAUCAAAGAAGAAAAGACUGAAGUAGCUGCGACUUCUUAGGAGCCCUGCUCACGAUUGUGCCAUUAAUGUAGUGUAAUGUACUAACAGGUCUAUUUCUUUCCUCAUCUCUUCUCCCUUUGUAUGUUCCAAAAUGCUUUCAUCUACUUUCUUUGCCCAUAUUACAAGGUGAGAAAGGUCAUAAGUUGCAUUGUGCUGCCCUCCAUAUUAGUUUCAACCACUUUCUUUUGGACUGCUUCAA